ACCAACUUUGCUCUCCACAAUCCUACGUUUAUAUUCCUCCUCUCCAGACAUCCUGUUCGUGAAUCCUUUUCUCCUCCGUCAACCCUGCGGAACUUAAGCGGAGCUGGAGCAAGAGAAUACACAGAUUUAUUGCUGCAAGAAGACUGCAAUUAUUGUAAACUUACGGGACAUAUAGUUUCUGAGUGCCCUACUCUAAGUCGG